UCUGUAAUUUAGGGCAGCUGGGAGCAACGCGCGCACGCACAGGUUGGAGGCAGUGCCGCGCGUCCCCAGCCGCCGCCUCGCGAGACUCAGUCUUCCCCUCUUAGCCAGAAGAAAAACUACGUGCACCAUUAACCCUGUGGAGCAUUGCAAGUCAAUCCAAUGGCGUCCUCUACUGCUGUGCCUGUAGGAUUUCACUAUGAAACAAAAUAUGUUGUUCUCAGCUACCUGGGGCUCUUGUCACAGGAGAAGCCACAAGAGCAACAUCCUCCUUCAGCUCCAGGGCCUCAGCAAUCUGUAAUACCACAAGCUUUGGCGAAAGAGGUUCUAGAGAAGCUUAAGACAGAAAUUGAAGAGGAGCUAAAACACCUUGAUGAAGAAAUUUUGGAAGCCUUCACCAGCACAGGGUUUGACUGCCAUACUUCUCCAGUGUUCAGUCCUGCCAAUCCAGAGUGCUCAAUAGAAGAUUGCUUAGCUCAUCUUGGAGAGAAAGUGUCCCAGGAACUGAAAGAACCUCUUCACAAAGCACUACAGAUACUGCUUAGCAAGCCAGUGACUUAUCAGGAAUACCGAGAACGCACUCAGGAGACAGAUGCUCAUGCCAGUGGAUGGAGCAAGGUGUUGGUGCCUCUGGUUCUGCUGCAGCAAUUCCUGAUGGAGCUGACAAAACGAGGCCAGGAGCCAAUCGGUGCACUUUUGCAGUUUGGAGUGACGUACUUAGAAGACUAUGCUGCAGACUACAUCAUACAGCAAGGAGGAUGGGGUACUGUCUUUAGUCUGGAUUCUGAAGAAGAGGAAUACCACGCAAUCAUUGCAGAGGACAGCAAUGACAUCUACAUCCUAACCAGCGAAAACUCUGGACAGGUGAGCCCCCCAGAGUCUCCCACAGUGACUACAUCUUGGCAGUCAGAGAGCCUGCCUGUCUCUUUAUCAGCUAGCCAGAGCUGGCACACAGAGAGCUUGCCGGUAUCUCUGGGACCUGAGUCCUGGCAGCAGGUGGCUAUGGAUCCUGAAGAGGUAAAGAGCUUAGACAGCAAUGGAGGCGGUGAAGAAAGGAGCGAAAAUAACUCUUCCAACUCUGACAUUGUUCAUGUGGAGAAGGAGGAGAUACCAGAGGGGAUAGAGGAAGUGGCAGUGUCAUCGAUGGCUCUGGAGACUGAGACUGCAAAGGAGGGGUUCCUGGAAACGCCUUCUUUGCUGGAGAUGAAGUCUGAAGCUGGGAUUGUGGCUGUUGAAAAAGCAAGCCCCUCUGCACCUUUGCUUACAGAACACGAGGAAGAGGGAGAGGUGGCCGAGGAGUCUGUUGAACCAGAAAUCCCCGUGUUGACUAAACCUGUACAGAAACCAACCCCAACAGAAGAAAAGGCUGCACCAGAACCGGAGAAAAUACUGCCUCCGGAAGGGGAAAUGAAAGUGGGAAAGGAAAGCCAUUCGGAAGAAAUGGAAGAGAAAUCCCCAGCUGGAGAGGAGAAACCCAUCCUGUUGCCAGAAGGCAAAUCUAUAUUGCUGUAUGGUGGGGCUGCUGCAGUAGCUAUUCUGGCAGUGGCAGUGGGAGUAGCACUGGCGCUGAGAAAGAAGUAAUGGGGCUCUCUUGCUGAGGAGGGGGGAGAAAGUGGGAUCCAAAUUUUUUAGUUGCAUUAACUAAAGGUUCAGCUGCCUGCUGUUAAUUGGACAUUGGUAUAACUUAAAUGGUGAUGGGGUGAGGAUAUUUGAUAAGGCUGUGGACAAUCAUGUUUUUUAGUAGAAUUGGAGUGGAGAGUGGGUUUUUUUCCUGAUUAAAGUACAGCGGUAUUUUUAAAAUGUCAUUUCUGCAAAUUUCAGAAUGGAGCGCAGGUGCUGAGGAAAGCGGGUGCUUGUACACUGGAAACUGGAACAGAAAAUUUCAGGGGCAGGAGAGGGCCGGUUGCUGCUAACCCCUGGAAUUUUUAGCUUCCCUAACUGAGCUGCUGUUGCAGCGACCCUGUUUGUCAUUUCCCUUUGUGCCCCUUAGACCCUCUUAAAAACAAACAUACACAAUAAACCAGCCACCUUAAUCCUGUAGUGUGAGGCUGGUCUCCCUUUUCUCAGCUUCCUCUCAGGUACUGCACUGCUCCUAACCACCUAGGUUCCCGCUAAACCUUAGUGGGAGAGUGCUCAUACUAUACCUCUUUUCUCACACCUGUUUAGCCCGUGAUGCUUCCUGAAGCCCCAUCUUGUAAAGAUGCUGCUUCUAUAUAUGUCUCUUCUUUGAGCGCUCUGAUAUUGGUGGGAGAGAUGCACAGGCCACCACCUCUGUGCUAGACGGGAGUGUGGGGGAGAUGCACUACUGUUUGCUCAUCUGAGAAAACCUUUGGCUCCCUCCUGCGCAUCCCACAGAUCAGGCACCAGAGAACAUCUCUCUCAUUUGGGUCACUGCCAUUUUCAUAAAUCUUGAUGCUAGUGCUUAUUCAGCGGAUGAAAUACAACUACCCAGGAUUUAUAAUUAAAUUCAGAACACUGUGAGGCUGACAUCACCUGUGAAAUCAAAGAUUAAAUGGUUGCUUUGUCCUUACCUUGGGCAGCAGUUCUAUAUUUUCUUGCAUGAGUUAAGCACAGAGCGUAUUUAGUCUUAACUCAGCCUUGGUUAUGACAAACUGACAGAAUCCUUGAUAUUCAAAGUAACUGAUGCAAGUAACUAAACCACACAGCAUUAAAUAUUUCCUUUAUUGUUGGCCUGUGGCUUCUGGCCCUAGGGUGAAUGACGUUCUGGGAGCCAGCAUGGUGCAGUUUCGUAAUGCAAGUUUUGUGCACUACGCAAAAGUAAUUGGUAAAUGUUCCUAAAUACUUUGCAGAUUCAAUAAAUGAUAAUAAAGUUACUUUGGAAAAAAAUUCUA